AUGGAGCACUCGGAGAUCCAGAAGUCUAAACAUCCAUGUGCCAUUUGUGCCAAGCGAAAGGUGAAAUGUGAUAGAUUGAUACCAUGUACCAAUUGUGUCAAGAGAGGAUUCGAGAAGGAAUGUCUUGAGCGGUCAGUUGACGGAAAGGAAAGCCAACGUACCGAUAGAAAUUCUGCUGUUCUGAGGUUUUGGCAGAGCUACGAGUAUUGGGUAACGGACAUUGGGUUAUUCAAGAGUCAAGACGUCGAUCCAGCGAACACUUUCGUUGACUUGAAAGAAGAAGUAGAUGAAUGUGAACACUGGUGUGAGUUCUUAACAAGAGAAACGUCGUUUCAGCUGCUGGAUCACUGCGUAGAGAGGCUCGGAUGUCUCUAUUUUGGUUGCCUUAGUGAUAUCAGUGACCUCUAUCUGCUACUUGAAGAGUACUGGCAAAGGCGAAACGAAAGAAAUGUUGUUUUCUCAGUCGAUGAUUAUUACUCUAAUGCCCUUCUAUGGUCUCUGUUUGCGCUUACUGUUUACUACAUGCCACUAGAACUACUCAGCUCAGUCUUUCCCAAGAAGCCUCCAUCGCAUAUUUUCAAGUACGCAGACUUCGAUUCAGACUUUUGGACAGAAAAGGCUCAAUUACAGCUGUCUCAAUGCUUUACACAUUGUGCGGUGAUUCAGCUACAGGAGGCAAACCUUCUUGCCAACCCGGACGUCAGACUCCUUCAGGUAUAUGUGAUUUUAUCCGCCAUGGGCUAUCCCCACAGAGAAGUAUCAACAAGUAAUGCUUUGCUACUAGUAUGCUUCAACGUAGCGAAACUUUGCCAUGUCGAUGAUUUUAGACCUUUGAUUACUGAUUCCACAGCGAUGCGCUUGACUAAGAUUACUUGCGAGAAAAUUUGGUACAGCUUAUGCUCUUGUGAUUAUCUGCAAUCAGGUCCUAGAAAGCCAACUGUAUUCCAUACAGAAAUUUCAUCCCUACUGCAACAUGCGGCUUAUCUGGAAGACCUGCCGAAUACUGACGUGUACCAAAGUGAGGACUCGUUUGAAGCAUUAUAUUGGAAAAUAAUAUCACUCGACAGAGAUCUGAACCAGUACUUGAUCAAGGGCACGAAACCACCGUUAAAAACUCUUGAUGCCAUACAACGGCAAACGGACAUAUUCACCCGCAAAAUUACAUCUUCAGAGGACUCCCCUGCACUCGCAUCUGACUUCGCCCGAUUUCUGGCAUCUUUUCUCCUGAACGCUAUCUCGUGGAAACUUCAUAAGAUGUAUUUCAUCUACUUCGAGAUCGCCAGUGGUCUCGCAAAGUCAGUACACUAUACCAAAAAUCUUGUUGCAUUAGUGGUCAAGAAUAUCAAAAACCGGAGGGACACGCUGUUCAAUAAACAUCCUGUUGUUAUUCAGUCGUUCGCCAGAAUUGCAGUAUUCUAUGCCUUCUAUGAAAUGGUCUCCGGAUCGGCAGAAAUUCGGGAUUUAAAUCUAGAUAUCAAAGAGAUGCUGCAGAAUCUUUCGGACGAGCUGGAGCCACAUUUAAGCGGCUUAUUUUAUCUGCUUUCUCGUUUCCGCCUGUUGAAGACCUUGUGGGAAAAUAUGGAAUCUGAAACUCUUGGUAAUAUCCUUGAACAUCCCGUUAUGACUAUCUUACAGAACGACAUUAAUGCAUUCUCUCAGCAGAUGAUUGAGAGACCUUCGAUGAUCAGAGGCUCGGCACGGUUAAUAAUGAAACGAAGAGUUCCCCAGGACCAAGGUGCGGUCGAGAAUGGUAACGCUGUUUUCGAUUCAAUCGUCGCCGAGUUUGAAUCACAAUACGCUAUCGAUUACCUGAUUCGCCGAAAAACGGAAGAUGGUGAAUUCUAG